AUGUUCUUCCUGCCGAGCCUAUUCCACCCACGGGAGAGCGGCUGGGGAAGGCCGGAAUUCCUUACCUGGAUCCUCAACGCUAUGUGUGUGUCUAAGGCUUGGUACGACACGGUCAUGUGCACGCAUGAGCUCUGGGGGGGGAUUCUUCCUUCGCUUUCGUAUGCUCCGCACUGGCAGCUGGCGUGCGAGCGCGCCGGCGAGGCGCCCAGGCGUCUUUUGUACGGAGACGUUGCUACGUGGGCUCGCAACGAUGCCCAGGUGACGAGAGCCGUCUCCAUCCACGCCGAGGGUUCGUGCUCCUCUUGGCGCGACUUCGGCGAGCUGCUGCAAGGACUCCGCCUGCCGCAUGCGAAGGUGCUGCGCCUGCGUCCGAGCGAGCAUAACAAGCCGGACCUCUUGCCUGAAGCUCGGCGCUCUCUGACUACGGCCCCGUCUUUGAUCGACUGUGAGAUAUCCUCGCCCAUCGCCUUUGAUGCGGAGAAUUUGCGGCGCUUGGUGGUGUCGAACUUUUGGGUAGAUCAGCUUCGCCAUGCCCUCAGCAAGCUGAAGUCGUUGAGGCACUUGGAGAUUCACCGGACUCGCUCGGUUGGCAAAAUCGACUGGACGGCGCUGAUUUCCCAAACCAACUGCGCGUCUCUCGAGACCCUGAUCUUUUGGUGCUCAGCGGACCAGAGCGCCCAGCUUCAGCCGGGCGUGAAUCCCAUCCCUGCGCCGUGCUUGCGCAAGGUGGAUGCUGGCGGGGCUAUACUUCUGCAAAGCCCGCAUGUACGAAGCAUGCAUCUUGAGAACGUGGCCUGGCAAGAUCUUGCGGCCGUACUUUCUGCCUCGUCCGCGGCGUCGCUUACAGUGCGCUCGCUGAUCGACGGAGAGCCACAGGCCGAAGGCGUCGACGACUUGAUCCUCCCAGUCAACUUACCUCUGUUGGACGCCGCUAUAGAAGUCACAUUGAUAGUCAUGAAAGUUUGUGGAAACUCGUGCACACUGCAAGUGUGA